GGAGGACCGACAAAUUGGGCAAACAUGCACGUAAACCUGAGAGUCCUCGGCAAGAAGAAGCAGGGACUCGCGUUCCUGGCUCUGCAGCUCGUCCUCGUCGGUCUGAUGUACCCGUUCAUGGAAUACGGCCCCGAUGCCCUGCCCAAGCCACCGCGAAAUCGCUCGCAUCCCGCGCUGUCGACAAACACCGGAGAUGCCACUUACGCGAGGACGAUACCCAACGACGGCCCCAACCCUUUCUACCCAACCUACCAAGACGUCCACGUGAUGGUAUUCGUCGGUUUCGGCUUCCUCAUGGCCUUCCUCAAGCGCUACGGCCAGAGCAGUCUCGGCCUGACGUUCCUGCUCGGCGGCUUUUUCACACAACUCGCCCUCUUCGCCGAGGGCUUCGCCGCCAUCGCGAGCGACAACACCAACGGGACCGCCAAAAUCUCGCUCUCCCUCGAAUCUUUCUUCGCUGCAGACACGGCAGUCGCCGCCGUGCUGAUAUCGUUCGGCGCGGUGAUCGGCAAGACGAGUUUCUUCCAGCUGAUCGUCAUGGGUACGGUCGAGAUAGCGGCCUACACGCUCAACCGGCACCUCUGUCUGCGCGUCCUCAAGGCAAUCGAUACCGGUGGUAGCAUCGUGGUCCACUUGUUUGGAGCUUACUUCGGCCUGGCGGCUAGUUAUGCCUCAUACGGCCGAACCCGAUCGACCAACUCGAAACGGAAGGUCCGCCGACUCGAUUCCUCCUACAACUCCGAUAUCUUCGCCAUGAUCGGUACCCUCGUCCUCUGGCUGUACUGGCCGAGCUUCAACAGCGCUGGUCUCAGCCGUGACCUGCAGACGCGGGCCAUCAUCAACACGAUGAUCUCGAUGUGCACGAGCUGCGUCCUCUCGUUUGCCUGUUCCCUCUUGCUCAGCGAUAACGACAAGUUUCUCAUGACCCACGUGCAGAACGCCAGUUUGGCCGGUGGCGUCGCCAUUGGGACUGUCACCGGCUUGAUGAUCGGACCGUUCGAGGCGGCGCUUGUUGGGAGUCUCGGCGGCAUCGUCAGCGUGCUCGGUUACCACGGCCUCCAGCCGUACCUGACCCGCAGAUGCAAAAUAACCGACACCUGCGGCGUCCACAACGUCCACGGGCUACCAUCGUGGAUCGCCGCUUUCUACUCUGCCGGUCUCGCGUACACUGCUUCGAUCAGCGAUUACUCCUACUCGCUCUACGAGCUGUUCCCGGCGAGAGCGCCGAGUCCCGGCCACGAACUCGACCUCGUCAACGCGGCUCAUCUCCUCGACAUACCGGCCGGCGAGUCGCGCUCCGCCGGAUCUCAAGCUCUGCAUCAGAUGGCCUCUCUGGCCCUCACUUUUGCGAUGUCCAUUACCUCUGGACUCUUCGCGGGUGCUCUCAUGCGAAUACCCUUCUUUGGCUCGGUGCCGGAUGACCAGCUGUACGAGGACUCUGUCAUUUUCGAUCUGCCUUCGGGUGCUGAGGAUCCUGACAUUGACACAUCCCGCAUUAAAGAGGACCGCCGAGAAUCCUCGCUCGAAAACUCCGCGGUGCAGAGCACCAGGUUCUGACACGGGGUUUCGCCUUUGCAGCGUGAGCGAUACCUAUAAUGUAUCUAUGUGGGCUUUUUUCGUCCGAGACGUAGAGAGAAAGAGAGAGAGAGAAAAAAAAUAAAGACACGUUGUUCAAAGUCUGUACAUGAGUGAUUUUGGUGCAAGAUCAGUAAAUUGUUUCAAUUGUUACUUCAAUCGGCGUGUGUAUAUAACAUUUUCUGCACCUAUAGCUGGCACAUG